CCGGGUUUGCGGAUCGAUUCCACUCAAAUCGCGUUGAUGCGCAACACCCUUCCCGUGCGCUGGGUGCGGAUAGCUUGAUGACGGCGGUGGCGGCAGCGCGUGAAUGCGGAUGGAUUGAUGAUAGCGGCUGCGCUCUGGGCUCAAUCUGGCACGGCGCUCGAUUCGUGGUCGUCGGGCUCGAUCCGGCCGACACCGCGCUCGAUUCGGGAAGCCGCGACGCUCGCUGCAGUCUACGCCGUCGGGAAUGAGAUCCGGCUGCGACCAGCACCGCCGGUGCGUGCUCCUCCUAGACACGCGCGCGGCGGCGCGGGAACCCAGCCAUGUCCGAGCUCGUGUGUGCCAGGAUGCUACAGGCGCAGCAGCACGUGGUGCUCCACCGGUCGCUGUAGCUGGUGCAAGUACCGUCACAGCGAUGCCGCUAGGGUGAACCUCAGGGACUGCUGGGAUUGGUUCAACGGCAACUGCGUGAACCUUAAAUGUUCAUUUAGCCACCAGGCAUUUCAACAAACAGACUACGGGCAUGUCUGUCAGUGGCACCACGACCAGGCAAGGCCACACGGCGGCGCACUGGGGAGCCGGCCGAUACAGCCAACAAGGAGACGCUUGGGCAGCGGCCAUAGUGGUCUUCUAUGGUUGUCAAGGCGGCGGCGGGCUCGAGUGCAGAGGACGAGGCCUGACGCGCAUCCGCCUCCAUUAGCCAGAGCAGGAUGCCCCGCGCAGGAGCUGACUCGGGGCGCGGGCCGAUGCUUCUUCAACUGCCAGCCACUAGCCGCGCCGCCGGCCGGCCGCCAGCCGCGCCGCUAGCCACUGGUCGU